AAAAGUUAGAGAGGAGGCGCGCUGUGAUGACGUAUUCGGAGCCGCUACACUUGCGCUGCGAUGGCGGCUCCCUCGGUGGCAGCGUGAGAGUGAGGAACCGGAGGACCAGUUUGCUUUUUAGAAAAUUCUAGCCCUAUGAAGUUUACAGAUAGAAGAUUGCUUUCUGCUCCUGGAGAAAUUUCCUUUAAGAAACAAUGGCAAAUUACAAGCCUGUAAUAGUUCAGACAUUUCCCAAGCUUGGAGAAAAAAUUACAAAAGAUACUUUGUAUUGGAAGAAUUAUAAGACUCCCAUUCAGAUAAAGGAAUUUGGUGCAGUGAAUAAAAUAGACUUUUCUCCAGUUCCUCCAUAUAAUUAUGCUGUCACAGCCUCAUCAAGGAUUCACAUAUAUGGGCGAUAUUCACAAGAGCCAAUCAAAACAUUUUCUCGCUUCAAAGAUGUAGCUUAUUGUGCUACCUAUCGAGAGGAUGGGCAACUGCUUGUUGCUGGCAGUGAAGAGGGCAGCGUUCGGAUCUUUGACAUUGGUGGGAGAGCACCAUUAAGACAAUUUGAAGGCCACUCCAAAGCAGUCCACGUUGUAGGAUUUCUGUCUGAUAAGUACCGAAUAAUGUCUGGAGCAGAUGAUUACACGACACGGGUCUGGGAUGUUUCAACUUCAUCUGAAAUAGCCUGCUACAAAGAACACACAGAUUAUGUAAGAUGUGGCUGUACUAGUAAACUGAAUGCAGAUCUUUUUGUAACAGGUUCCUACGACCAUACAGUGAAAGUAUAUGAUACACGGACAGACAAAAGCAUUAUGAAGAUAGAACAUGGGCAACCAGUUGAAAGUGUUAAUCUGUUUCCUUCUGAAGGUCUUCUUGUGACAGCAGGUGGUCGUUACAUUAAAAUCUGGGAUAUUCUUAAAGGAGGCCAGCUAUUAGUGUCCUUGAGAAAUCACCAUAAAACUGUAACCUGUUUGUGUUUGAGUAGCUCUGGUCAAAGGCUUCUCUCAGGCUCCCUAGAUCGGCACGUGAAGAUUUACAGUACAACUUCCUACAAAGUAGUGCACAGUUUUAACUAUGAAGCAUCAAUUCUCAGUCUUGCAUUGGCAGUAAGUAGUAUAACCUGGUGGGAAGUUUAAUACCUGGUUAUUCAUUACAUUUGCAGAAAUGUGACUGAUGCAAGAUAUGCUCCUAUACUGAUAAAUGUUGCAGAACUCAUUACAGAUAUAUAUAUGCCUGUGAUUGGACAAUCUUCAGUUAUUGAUAAGCAGUUUCUGAAACUUCAAAAUCUUGUAGAGAAAGAGAUUGAUUACCAAGAGGAAUUGCUAGAAGUUUUGGGAAUGAUGGAUGCACUGUUUGCUACCAUGACAAGAAAAAAAUCCAGUUCCAUGGAUGUGAACAAAACAGUGGAGCUAUAAAAAACACUGGAACUGUGCUGAGAAUUUUCACCAGUGGAAUCUGCAUUUAGCUCUUAUUUGCACCCCAAAGUAAACAUUACUUUUGACUGGAGAGUGACAUAUCUUCUGAAAUAUUUUAAUGCAGCCAGGUGGAUUUUUAAAUUCAAAUGCUGUUUUAUUUUAACCCUUUUAUUUAUGCAAAUUCAUCAGGCAUUUUUUAAUCAUUACAAUUGUCAGCUGCUAAAGUAGAAAUAAAUGCCAGAACAUGUAUCUCUCAUGGAACCAUUUGUAUUUAAUCAGGUCUGCUUUCAUUUGGGAAAACCAAACCUUUGGAGAUGUUUCUGUGCCAACUUUCAACAAUUUUUUUCUAUAAAAAUAUUCUGUAUAUGUAUAGUAUCUAAGAAUACUUAUGCUGAAUCUUUAAAAAUUUUAAAUUCUAAGAAUUUAUUAUAAACAUGUACUUUCUGUUGACUCAGCAGAUGAAAAUAAAUGAUAACAGUUGGCAAAAUAGUAUGUUUUCUCCUUCACAUAGUAUGAAUAAGAGCAUGUUGUCAGCCAACGACUAGGAUUAUUUACGAAUCUAAUCCAAGUAGCAAAUUAUUCUUGGACAGUGUGGGAUUGUCUGAUUAUUAUUUCUAAUUGCCAAGAAUGCACAUUUAAGCUUCUACUACUAAUAGACUAUGUGUCAUCAAGAGACUUGUUAAUGAACAUAUGUUUCCAGCUUAGUCCUUCAAGUCUUCCAAUGGUGCACUAAUUGCUACUAUAAUUGAGUCCAUCCAUCUUGCUGCUGGUCAUCAUGGUUUUUUUUUCUUCCACCUUUCUCAGCUUUAUAUACUUCUCAAGAAAGCUAUGUCUUUGUAUAAUGAUAAUUUGAUCCUGGACAUUUGUACUUCAAAUGAAAACUGGGUUGAUUUGUUGAAUAACCCAUUUGUUUGUAUUCUUGGCUAUGCAUGGUAUUUUCAGGAGUCUUCUCUGAGGUCAAAGUUCAAAAUCAUCAAAAUGCUUUUCAUCUUGCUUCUUAAAAGUACAACUUUUCCCUUCCAUAAACAGGAAAACCAUUGACUGCAUAAUUACAAUUUUUGUUAGACACAGAAAUAUCAUAGCAGUGAAUAUCUUCCAAGGCCUUCAUUGCUACUCAAAAGAACUAGCAUACUACUUGACUGUUGGUUCUUUUGCUGUUGAUAAUUGAUUCUUAAAAACAGAAGCUAUCUAUCUCUUCAGUAACAAUGGUUACUGUUCUUGUUAUCAUUAGCAUGGCCUUUUUUUAGUAUUGGUCCCAUUUUUUAAAACAUAUUUCUUGACUUUAAUACUAGAACUUGUAAAUCAUUUACAUAUUCAAUUAUCAGAGAAGUCUUACCAGAAUGGUUUACCAUUGGUGUCUCCCAUGCAAUAUGAAAUUAUGGUUUUGCCAUUGUCAU